AUGGAGUAUGAUCCCAAUCAAGCUCCACAGAGAAACAGAGAGACUAACGGAAUCCUAGUCUUCAUCAUUGAAGGCAUCCUGACCAUUAUUGCCGGCCUCGUGGCCCCGUUUUUCUUGGUUGAUUUUCCUGAGAAGGCAAAAUUCCUGACUGAGCGUCAAAAGCAUAUCGCUAUGACCCGACUCCGGGAAGGACGUGCGAGCGAGAGCAUGGAACAUGCGACAGUCAAGCAAGUGCUACGUAUGUUGCUGGACUGGAAGCUGAUCGUGUUUUCUUACCAAUACUUCGUGGCUGCCACUACUGUCUACGCCCUUGCAUAUUUCCAACCCAUCAUCUUGCGACAAGGGAUGGGCUACAGCUACGCCGCUGCACAGCUGUUGUCGAGUCCGCCAUAUGUCUUCGCGACGAUCAUGAGCUUGACCACGGCCUGGAUUUCAGACAAGAUGAAGAUCAGGUGGCCGAUAAUCUGUGCACAGUGUGUCGUAGCUGUGGUCGGUCUCGUGAUUGUCCGCUAUGGAGGAGUGCCUGGAUUUCGAUACUUUGGCCUUUUCCUCGCCGUUUAUGGGUCACAGGCCAACGGGCCGCAGUUCCUUGCAUAUGCACAGAACCAGACGGCGACGAUCAAUAAGAAGGGCGUGGUUGCUGCUGUCAUGAUCAGUGUUGGCGCGGCAGGAGGUGUCACUGGAAGUACCAUCUUUCGAUCGCAAGAUGCUCCGAGUUACGGCCCUGGUAUAUGGACAACGAUAGCACUCCAAAUGAUUGCUGGAGUCGCCACAUUCUUCACUUCAAGGUGGCUUGGUCGUCAAAAUAGGCUGGCUGAAGAAGGCAAGGUGGUUGCUUUGGAAGGCGUGGAGGGCUUCCGAUAUGUCCCAUAG